ACAUUUUCUCACGGAAUCAGCGUACUGAGUCCUUUCAAUCUCUAUUUUAAUGUAAAGACUGAACUUGACUUUGACGAAAAAUAUUAUUAUUUGACUGGUUUGUAGUUUAGAUUUAGACUCGAUAGGUUUUACCGAGACUGUGUUGCGCGUGAUUUCCUGGGCACUGUAGUGGGAGUUGAUUGGCGCGUGAUUCCUUUAACACAAACUAAGACGGGCUAAGACCUAAAAUCCGUGCUGUUUAUACAAAUAAAUCCCAGAUAUUAACACGUCUUUUGAGUAGAAUUUACGUGGGAUAUUAUCUUAAGUUUAAUGAUUCAGAGGGAAAAUUAGCCCCCAAUACUUGUACACUGGCACGUGCCUAAUUUCACUUUCCAACUAUCAGCUAAUAUUUCCUAACAAUACGCCCUUGCAUUGUUAUAAUAUCGACUAACUUUAAUAAGCACUUGCAGGCUUGCUUAGCGCGUUUCUCUUGUUUCAAAGUUUUGAACUAUUGAACUUCAAGCCGCUUGAUUCCAGGGCCAAGUACAAACUUUUUGCAAUACAAACAUUGUACGAACAAACAUAAUAAAACGUUUUGGCUAUCAGCGGUCAGACCAAUAAUUAAGUAUUAUUUAUUACCUUAAUUCAGUCGGAAUAUAGCCAACAGAGCUGACAAAGUGCCAUCAAGUUCCUUGCAAUAUUUGAUAAGUAUUACCUAGCAUAGAUAAGGGGGAUUUGGCUAAUCUUAUCAGAAAUUAAACAGUGGUCUACUUCCAUUUCAUUUAUAGCAUUUACUAAUAUGCCAUUUUAAGCAGCAGACAGCCACGAAAAAGAGUUAGAAUGGAUUUUUACAAGAAAAUUAUUAAGGCCAAAGAUCCGAACAGUGUUCUAAGUGAUAAAGAGUGCAAGUGUGCAAGUUUGCAAGCAAUAACCAAUGAGGCAAUCAAGGAAAACAACAAAAAAAGGUUAAGAGAACUGGUAGAAGAAAUCAACAGCCAUUUAGCCGACCUGAGGGCAAUCACAGAGGAUAAAGAAUUGAAAAAUAAAGUCAAGUGCCUGGAUUUAAUCAAAAAGUUUGAAGAUUGUCUGGUAAAGAUCGUCAACACUACUUCGCAAAAUAUUUUAGAGCCAAUCAAAGCUCAGUUGCUGGUCAUUCAGGACCUGACCAAUAAGGCAAUUGCAGCCAAUAACUACGACGAACUUAAACGACUAUCAGAAAGAAUCGAAAGAAAUAUAAUGAUCGUAAAUGAAAUUCCAGAAGUGAAAGGGGCGAGAAAUUCAACGAAUGGGGACGAGAAGGUUUUAGCCCUGGCAAAUAAAUACACCGCUGUAUUGAAUGAAGUUCUGAGCCAUUUGGCACAUAAAAGACACGUCUCUGGUGAGGAAAUACAUAAUGAGAUUGAAAAUAUUGAACAAGAUAAACUUUCAGACCUGAAGAAGGUACCACCACCAGGCGAUACUACUAAAAUUGAAAUAAAUGAAAUAGAAGAGAAACUAAAGCAAAUGCGGCUGCGACGCUUGAACCGGCUAAGCGUUUUUGUUGAUGAGCAAAGUAUUUUAUCUAAGAAAAGACAGAAAGAAAUUAUACCACAAGGUAUAGCUAAUCAAAGAUUCAAUAAAGAAGCUAUAACAGAGCAGGAAAAAAUUAACAAAACUAUUCGCUUUCCCGAUGUUGUUCAUCAUUCUUUAUACAAAACGUCAAUACAAGACAAUUACGAGAACAAAGAGGACAAUAAAAUCGCAACAAUUAAAAAAUUGGAAAACGCUGAAAUUAGUGGGAGAAAAACUAUGGUUACCAAUAAUACAGCCCUCAGAAGUACUAUCAAUAAUAGUAAUACAAAACCAGUAAGCUCGCAAAAUAUGAGCUCACCACCACAACCCAGUCUAUUAAAUAGGCAAACGAUUUUCGAUGAUGAAAAUGCCCCAAUUAGGUAUAAGUUCAGUGCUACGCAAAAAACAGAUUCAUCCGAAUCCAAAAAGGAAACAACAAGUAUUUUUAGAAAUAGUUUUGGCAAAGGAGGACUAACGAGAAGUUUUGCGGAAAGGCAAAUUGAAAAGGCGCGAAUACAAAAUGAAAAAGACCAGCCUGCUGAAACACCCAACAUCACCCCACCAAGAAGUCCAAUACAGAUAAGGAAAAUAUUUAGUAGCUUUAACUGUGCUCUAGGGACGAAUAACAAAUCAACCGAAGAUGUGAGAGAAAGUUACAGUCCGAUUGAUUCAGAGUUUAAAAGAGUUGAAACGGCAAAACGUGAGGUUGGGAAGGAAACGAAAUUUAUUAUAAACAAUAAUGAUAUGAAAAAUGUGGACAGAAAUCAAGACUUAGGUCCGCCUAAAACACAGGAAAUCCAUGUGGAUGUUGAGAAGUUACCAGCUGCACCAGAUAGAAAUAAGAAACCCGUAUUUCUAAAAACAAAGGCUUCUGCUGAUCCGCCGAUAUCUCAAUAUUCCAUUGACUACAAAUCCGGUAUGGAAAAAGCUCGAAUCCAACUUGCCCUUCCAAAAGUGUUAGUCAAGUUUCCUCAACAAUCAUCCACAGACAACGACUUGGUGGUGGUUCGCCACAAUGAAAGCACUGGAACCGAUCAAGAACCACCAGAAUUUAUUACCAUCAAACGAAACAGCAGUAAUAGAGAACAAGCAGCUGAUAGAUGUUCAUUUUCAACGUUUCGAACCAGUUCUGAGUCUGUGCGAGAAGACGACAGUUUUGCAGUAGACAAUCCAAUUUAUCAAAUUGUAAAUACGCAAAAAUCGUCCACCUGCUCAAUAUCUCGGCAAAACUCAGUGAAAGUAGAUAACAUGCUAAUGGCGGCAGCAGAUAAAGAACCAAGUGACUUUAAAUUUAAUACUCUCGAUUUUAUCAUCAGAAAGCAGAGCCGAAAGAUGUCUUACACAAACGACAAUGCUAAGACUAGUAGGAUUGAGGCUCUGGAACCAGAUAUUCGCAAACUUGAAUUCAUAAUCAACAUUUACAGAGGCUUAAAACGGGACGACGACUACAUGCUACUCGACAAAGCACUCACUAAAUACUACCUCAAAGUAAAUGAACUUAGGACUGAAACCGCUUGUGAUUCUUUGGAAAAGCAACAGUUAUUGACUAGACUGAAGAAGGCUCACGAUGACUUGAAUUCUAGAGUUAUAAAGAAUGAGGAGAUUUUGAUGAGCAUUUUAACCGAGCAAGUGACUACGAUAGCAARAAAAUUAGAAAUUCCUCAAAAAAAAUAAUAACUCAAUUAAUCAUGUAUAAAGAUGUUCUCUUAUAUGUAUAAUGACUGUGAUAACUGCCCAAUUCUUUAAGCAAAAAAKAAUAAUUAUUUAAUUUUAAUUCCACUUUAAUGGCAGUGGAUUAUAACCCUAUAUACGUUCACAAUUGCGGCAUAAUGAUAUAGACUUUAUGAACUAAGUUUUAGAAUUGUUGUCUUGAGCAAGUUUCGAAAAAUGCCAGUUACUUUAAGCUUUAAGGGUAAACCUACUGUAAAAGUUACCUGAAACAUUUAGUUCCACCUUCAAUAUUAAUUAAAUAUUCAUAUGGUUGUCAAACAUUGAUACAUCCAUUAAAAUWUUUCAAUARCAAAACAGUUUUAUUUCAUACCUCUAUUCAAAUUUAUUUUUAUUUAUCAAUCUUAUUGGGAACGUUAUUUUAUACGUAAAAAAACUUUGAUUUAUYAAUCCAAAUCUAAUAAUAAACUUGUCUUCUUUAUGGCAUUGUUUUAAAUUAUAAUACAUUUUUAAUGCGGGAUUGAAUAAAAGAAGUGAGGAAAGAAUGAAUAUAUUAAUGCUCAUGACGUAAAACAAAAGCGAUUUGAAACCGCCUGUUAACCUGAUACCAUAAAAACUAUAUAUCGUUUAGUGUA